AUGCACUUCUGUGCUGUACGUGUCUUUGUGGAGAGCAUUCUGAGAUAUGGUUUGCCACCAUCAUUUUUGUCGGUGGUAUUGGCACCUUCGGCGAAAAGUGAGAAGAAAGUCAGAUCUAUCUUGGAGGGUCUGUGCGACAGUUCAAACAGCACUUACUGGAAAACUGAGGACGAAGGAGGGAUGGGCGGUUUUGGAGGUGAUGUGGAUUCAUAUCCCUAUGUCUCCUUCACCAUAAAUCUCAUCUGA